AUGAAAGCAAAAACGGUUUACUCUGUGGAUUUCGUCGGAGAAGGCAACGUAAUCAAGCUCAAGGCGAGAGCGAACCCUAACCUAAUUUUGGCGAUUAUUCAAAGGUACGGCGAUCACGGCAAGAUCACCAAUUUCCAUUUGGACGGCCAACUUUUCACCGCUCUCCCCAGAGGCGGUUUUAGCAGUCCAUCAGGCUUUUACCAUCCUUCGACCGCCGCCGGUAAUUAUCAGUAUCCGCCGCAAUAUUUCGCCGGAAACUAUGGUUACCCAAUGUCGAAUCCGCCGCCGCCUUAUUUCGCCGGGAACUGUGGUAACCCAAUGUCGAUUCCGCCGCAAAAGCAGACGGAGGCUCCUGCGGGGAUAUACAAAUAUCACACAGCGCCGCCGUCUUUUACUCAUACGCCGCCACCGCCAAGACCGUUACAUAGUUACGCUUACGUAGAGCCGCCGUAUUGGCCGACGAGUUCGUCGAGUGGAGGUAACUGCGUAAUUAUGUGAUGUGAAGCACUUGUUGAGUUCGCCACGUUUCAGUUAUAAUCCUGAUCGCUGUUUUUUGAAAAUGCGAUUGCGUUAUAGACGUGGAUUUUGUUUUGUCUGAAGAUUAGUUAACAAAAGACCUUACAAAUUGUUUUUUUUUUUUUUUUGAACAUUAACAUUACCAAUUGUUGAGUAAUGGGUAUUUUAGCAGAAUAAGUCUGCGAUUAUGAUUUCAAAGUAUUUUCAACGUUUUAUGAUGUGAUGAUGACUUUGAUUAGUUAUACCUUUUAUCAAAGAAGCUAUCAUGUACUUACUACUCAAUUCAGUUGGAG